AUGAAACCUCAAAUAAAAAGAACUUUAUCAAACUUCUUCUUUGAAUAUGAAACACCUCGACAGGUUCUGGUCAGGAACAAAAGAGUUGCAGUCGUGUGCCGAAUCAUCCAAAUGGGUGUUCUAGCCUACAUAAUUGGGUGGGUGUUCAUGUAUGAGAGAGGCUACCAGACGAUAGAUAUCGCCAUAGGCUCCAUCUUCACCAAGAUGAAGGGAGUGUCCUUCACAAAUAUCAGCGGAAAGGAGAGGAUAUGGGAUGCAGCUGAUUUUGUUUUUCCUGAACAGGGUGACUCAUCUUUUGUUGUGAUGACGAACUACAUUGCUAGUGUGGGACAGAAACAGGACAAAUGUCCUGAGCUGCCAGAUGGGAAGAACAAGAACAAGUGUAUGACUGACGAGAACUGUGAUGAGGGCAAAUACAAACGGCACAUGACGGGCAGGUGUAUAAGCAAUACCAGUACUUGUGAAAUCUACUCCUGGUGUCCAGUUGAAGAUGACCGUCAAAUACCAGACCCUCCAAUCCUGCUGACAGCAGAAAACUACACACUGUUCAUCAAAAACUCCAUUACCUUUCGCCAGUUUAAUGUAGUAAGGAGUAACUUGGUGGAGAGUGUGAAUCAGAGUUACAUCAAUACGUGUUUGUAUCAUCCCAAGACUGAUCCACUGUGUCCCAUCUUCAGACUGGGAGACAUCGUUGAGCGCUCUGGGUUCAAUUUCUCAGAGAUAGCUCGUGUGGGUGGUGCUAUAGGAGUCCUCAUUGACUGGGACUGCAAUCUGGACCUCAGUAUCAGACACUGCAAACCAAAGUAUGAAUUCUAUGGUCUUUAUGGAACAGCGAAAAAUGACAAAGAAGAGAAACCAUCAUUGGGAUACAAUUUUAGAUAUGCUAAAUAUUAUGUGGAGAAUGGGGUGGAGAAGAGAACACUAAUGAAGGUGUUUGGUGUACGGAUAGACAUCAUUGUUCAUGGACGGGCAGGAAAAUUUGAUAUCAUCCCAACGUUGACGGCUAUUGGCUCAGGAGUAGGAAUCUUCGGAGUGGCAACCGUUGUGUGCGAUUUGCUCCUCCUAUAUUUUGUUCCAAAGAGAGAUUUCUACAAAAACAUGAAAUUCAAGCAUACAGAAAUCCCGGAAGAGAAACCAGCCUUGCCCCAGUCACAGACAGAAAAAGAUCUACCAAAGGAGUGAAGUCAGGACGGCUGCCAUGAUGACUGACUGUUGCACUGAAGACUGAGAGAGGAAAAAAACACCUCAACACUGGAGCUUAAGCAAGACGGCUGGGAGACUUGACACACAGAACUGUCAGACAUCACGUUUCCUUU